AUGAACGACGACGCUGGCAAUCAUCAUGGAUGGCGCGGACCAUUGCGUAGGCCAUCAGGCGAAGUGAGCCCGACAGAAGAAUCAUGGUCUAAUCGAGAGGAGAUUGAGCACGCGUCGCAAUUUACAGCUCAAACAGUACUGGCGGCGGUGGUACGAUCAGAGGAAGAAUCCUACCGCGCCGUCGGCAGGCAGUCUACCUGCUGUACCAAACAGCGAUUCCACUUCUUCGGCAAUUUUUUCGACGCAAGAUCGUGCACCGGAGUGGCACGCACGGAACGAAGACAGUACGAGACGGAAGCCUCUCUCUCGUGUGUGUGUGUGUGUCUCCCGGUCAGGGCUGAUGCGGCCCAGAUGCGCGCCCACGUCUGCAUGGCUUUUCCUUUUCGCGCGUCUCCUCCCAUCAUUCGUAUCCUCGCUUUCGGUGCGACCACUGCGCGUGUUGAUCAUUGCACGAUUGAGGGCGAAGUCGAGGAUGACGACGACGUCGAUGAUGACGAUGGUAACGCAGUGCCUCAUGGGAUCUAUCAAGGGUCUCUUCCCGCAGAGAUUACGACAGACACAAACGUGACAGCUCCGCGCAAGAUCGUCGUCGCCGGUCAAAAGAGAGCACACGUAUUACACUGUCCCGUGCCCUGUCAUCGCAGCAGAAUCUCCCACCGAAAUGUCGUGCGCAGAAACGCGAACGAUGCGCGACCGACGUUGUUCCACUGCGGAAAUCUUCACCGAUCAUCUCACUAGAAGAAACUCUCGUAAAAGACCUUGUGCACUUGCGCCCGUUUGGAAAAAAAAAAAGCUGUUGAUUCAAGCCCAUCGAGUGGAUUCAAGUCUGAUAGGGCAGGGCCAAAAAGGUGAUCCAUGCGCCAAUCACAUGCGGUUUCGAAGCCGAACU